AUGCCUCUCGUAGUUCAACCCGCCACAGAAGCCGACGUGCCUCGCGCCGUCGAGAUUGAGGCGGCUGCGUAUGGGCCCAACCAAUUCACACCUAUUCUCUUCCCCGGACCCAUGCCGGCCAACGCCCUAGAAGAACGGGCCGCAUUCUUCGUCAAGGGCCUGAGGGAAGACCCGACGACACGAUGGCACAAGGUCGUUGACACGGAUUUAGACGGCCAGGAACAAACGGUGGCCGUGGUCAAGUGGCAUAUUUUCACCGAGAAGCCGCAGUUUACGCCUCGGGCAGCUGUGCAGGGCUGCAAUCUCGAGGCCUGUGACUUGGUGUUUGGGGGACUGCAAAGGCAGAGAGCUAGGAUCUUGGGCGACACUUCCUAUCGCCGAGGUGCUGCGACCUUGCUCAUACAGAUUGUCCUGGAAGAAGCACAGAAACGGGGCAUGAUUGCCUAUCUUGAGUCCUCCGAGGCCGGCCAUUCUCUUUACAAGGGACAAGGCUUUGAGGAUAUUGAGAUGCACGAGGUUGACUUGAGCAAAUGGGGUGCCACGGAUACUCACAAGACCUGGGCCAUGAUGUGGAAACCUACCAAGAAUUCAUAA